CCACCCGAUCCAUACGGACAUAAAUGCUACACUUGACCAAAAUCAAUCGGCUCAAGCUUGCUACAAGCUCGAAAAAACAUGAAUGCUUUCGCUUCUCCGGCAUCUCUGACUUCAGUCGUCCCCGUCUUCUUCCUCUUUCUGAUCCUUUUCAUUACACAUCCAGUGCAUUCUGAACGCUGCACCCUGUGCAGCGAGGCCUUCAUGAUGACAGCAAAGCACCGGAACGUCACAUGCCGCAGGAAGCUGAUGACGCUGGAUGCCGAGCUCGGGUGGCGUGUGUCUAGCUUCAACAGCCAGUGGACACGGAUCGACGUUGUGUUCGGGGCUAGGCUGAGGUCCGACACCGGGUGGCUCGCUUGGGGCGUCAACCCACUCCCCAAGCCCCAGAUGAUCGGGACCAGAGCCGUCAUCGGCAUCCGGCAGCCCAAUGGCACCCUAUCGACCAAUACGUACAACAUUACCAGUGACACCAAGAUGGGGUGCCACCUCCUGCCGACAGCAGUAGACGUCGAGGUCAGGGACACAGAAGCAUCCUACAUCGAGGAGGAACAGUACUUCACGCUGUCGGCAACGGUGAUCGUCCCAGACUCAGGAUACAACAUCUCGAAGCUUAACCAUGUGUGGCAAGUCGGAGAGGAGGCGGACGGAAUGGAGCCGAAGAAGCAUCCAAUGACACUCCAGAAUUUCGACAGCACAGAGACCCGGAAUCUCUGGUCCGGCGAGAGUGAAGAUGUUGGGCGGAAAAACCAUCAAAGCUACCUCAGAAAGGUGCAUGGUAUCCUGAACAUGAUUGGAUGGGGCACGUUCCUGCCUAUCGGGGUGAUAAUAGCGCGUUACUUUCGGAAACAUCCCUUCCAUUUGAAGAACUGGUGGUUCAAGAUUCAUGUCAUGUGUCAAAUCCUAGGCUACUUUGUCGGAACUGCAGGAUGGGCGAUUGGCUUGAUCCUUGGAACCAAGUCCCCAUACUAUAUCUUCCAUGUUCACCGGUGGCUGGGCAUAUUCAUUUUCACCUUCACGACUUUGCAAAUGCUUGCAUUGCGACUGAAGCCGAGCGUAAACGAUGAAUACCGCAAGUAUUGGAACAUGUACCAUCACUUGUUAGGCUAUGCUUUGCUCGCAGUGAUCAUCCUGAACAUGUUCCAUGGAAUCGCUAUACUCAAGCCAGACAAUGCUGUCUGGAAUUGGGUCUAUAUCGGGAUUCUCGUGCUCUUAUCUGGCGUCGCGCUAAUACUGGAGAUUCACACAUGGAUUAAGUUUCUCAACGACAGAAAUGGGAGUAAAAAAUAAACAAAGUAAUCACAGGAGCACAGCCGUACAAUGAGAUGGAGAAUGAAGAGCCAAGAUCAUCGAUGGAAGAGGGAAAAUUUUCCAUGUGUUAGCUUGCAGAGUUUUUUUUUUCCCCCCUUAAUUUCGUGUGUGUUUUCAUGUGACGCUUUCAAACGACACAAGCAGCACCUCCCGAUUGUUAAAACUACAUUUCCUCUUAUAUGUUGGAGCCGCCGGGGUCACAUAGGUUAAUUUUUCUUUUUUAAUCAUACUAGCAGUUUUAUUCGCUAUUUGAAGCGUGAUUGUAAUAUGAUGUAACGGCCGUAACUCGUCCUGAUUUGAGUUGAACUUGAGAUCUAAUUAGUUACUAUUUCUCAGAAGUUUGUAAUCUUUAUUGUGAGAUUUUUAUUCAGAGGAAGUGCGUUUGGAUUGA